CCGCGGAUCACAUGACCUUGCGUGACGCCGCAGGAGCCAUCUUGUGUUGUCGGGGGCUGAGGAUAGGCUUGGGAUCCGAGAGACUCUCCGUCGGCGACCUCAGGUUAAUACUUUUUUUUAAAAAAUGGCAGCAGAAACUCAGACGCUUAACUUCGGGCCUGAAUGGCUGCGAGCUCUAUCUAGUGGUGGGACUGUGACAUCUCCUCCUCUCUCUCCUGCUUUGCCAAAGUAUAAAUUAGCAGAUUAUCGUUAUGGGAGAGAAGAAAUGUUAGCACUUUUCUUGAAGGAUAAUAAGAUUCCCUCAGAUCUUCUGGAUAAGGAAUUUCUGCCCAUUCUACAAGAGGAGCCCCUACCACCUUUGGCACUAGUACCUUUUACAGAAGAAGAGCAGAGAAAUUUCUCUAUGUCUGUAAAUAGCGCUGCUGUCUUAAGAUUAAUGGGACGUGGAGGAGGAACAGUGGUAGGGGCUCCUCGAGGUCGAAGUUCCUCUAGAGGUCGAGGCAGAGGCAGAGGAGAAAGUGGUUUCUACCAAAGAAGUUUUGAUGAUGUGGAAGGCGGAUUUGGACGAGGAGGGGGCAGAGAAAUGCACAGAUCACAGAGCUGGGAGGAAAGGGGAGACAGACGGUUUGAAAAACCAGGACGAAAAGAACCAGUAAGGCCAAACUUUGAAGAUUCUGGAACUGUAACAGCAGGAAGGAAGCACGAAUUUAUACGCUCUGAGAGCGAGAACUGGCGCAUCUUCAGAGAAGAGCAAAAUGGUGAGGAGGAGGAUGGAGGAUGGCGACUUGCUGGUUCACGAAGAGAUGGUGAGAGGUGGCGUCCCCAUAGUCCAGACGGCCCUCGUUCUGCAGGCUGGAGAGAGCAUAUGGAGCGACGGAGAAGAUUUGAAUUUGAUUUCCGAGAUCGGGAUGAUGAACGAGGUUACCGAAGAGUACGAUGUGGCAGUGGCAGUAUGGAUGACGAUAGGGAUAGCCUUCCUGAAUGGUGCUUAGAAGAUGCUGAAGAAGAAAUGGGGACUUUUGACUCAUCUGGAGCAUUCCUGUCCUUAAAAAAGGUUCAAAAGGAGCCAAUUCCUGAGGAACAGGAAAUGGAUUUCCGCCCAGUUGAAGAAGGGGAAGACCGAUCUGAUUCAGAAGGAAGCCACAGUGAAGAAGCCAAAGAACUGGAUAAGACCCCUGCAAGGGAAAGGGUUAAGACAGACCAAACAGUUUUGGAAGUAACAGAAGAAACAGUGAAAGAAUCUUCACCAUCCACUAGGUCAGGUACUCCACCAAAACCCCUAUCACAAGAGCCUUUACCAACAAGCUUGCACGAAAGGCGGGAAGACUGUGUACUAGAAGUAAUAGAAAAAAAGGAAUAUAAAGAGAACCAAACAGAGGAAAUCCCACCAGCCAAAGUGCCCAGUAGAGAAGUAGAUCCAGUUUCUGCUGCCCAGCCUUUACCACAGAUUCUUCCAGAAGCAGUUUCUCCUGUUCAUCUUCCACCUUCAGAAUCUAAUCCAAAUUCUGCCUUAAGACCAGUUCAGACGUUGGUCACAGCUGCUCCAGGGAUGGGAAAUAUUCCUACUGAUCCUGAUGAUGAAGAGGGUCUUAAACAUUUAGAACAGCAAGCAGAGAAAAUGGUGGCAUAUUUACAAGACAGUGCCCUGGAUGAUGAAAGAUUAGCCGCCAAGCUUCAAGAGCAAAGAGCAAAGGGUACUUCAGUAUCAUUGCAUCCAGAAGCCCUGCAAAAGUGGUUCUACAAAGACCCACAAGGUGAAAUUCAAGGUCCGUUCAGUAACCAGGAGAUGACAGAGUGGUUCCAAGCUGGGUAUUUCACAAUGUCGCUGUUGGUGAAAAGAGCAUGUGAUGAAAACUUUCAGCCUCUUGGAGAUAUAAUGAAAAUGUGGGGCAGGGUCCCUUUUACUCCAGGACCAGCACCACCCUUGCAUUUGGGUGAGCUGGACCAGGAACGACUCACUAGACAACAGGAAUACACGGCCAUGUAUCAAAUGCAGCACCUCCAGUACCAGCAGUUUUUGUUACAACAACAGUAUGCACAAGUAAUGGCACAGCAGCAAAAAGCAGCCCUUUCAUCUCAGCAACAACAACAGCUGGCUCUCCUUUUACAGCAGUUCCAGGCACUGAAAAUGAGAAAAGCUGAGCAGAACAUGGUGCCACCUGUAACAAGGUCUGUAACAGACAAUGGCUCAAUUUGGGAACUUCAGUCGCCAGCUCCACAGGCCACAGUUUGGGAAGGGAGCAGUGUCUGGGAUCUCCCAAUUGAUGCUGCGGCUCAGGGACCAGCUCUAGAACAGUUACAGCAGCUUGAAAAGGCUAAAGCUGCAAAGCUAGAGCAGGAGCGAAGGGAAGCUGAACUACGAGCCAAAAGAGAAGAGGAAGAACGGAAGAGACAAGAGGAGCUUCGGAGGCAGCAAGAGGAGAUAAUCAGACGGCAAGAAGAAGAAAGGAAAAGAAGAGAAGAGGAGGAAUUAGCACGCAGGAAGCAGGAGGAAGCCCUAAGGCGGCAGAGGGAACAAGAAAUUGCACUAAGACGGCAACGGGAAGAAGAAGAACGUCAACAGCAGGAAGAAGCACUUAGAAGACUAGAGGAGAGGAGGAGAGAAGAGGAAGAAAGGCGGCAACGAGAAGAGUUGCUUCGUAAACAGGAAGAGGAGGCGGCCAAAUGGGCACGUGAAGAAGAAGAGGCCAAGCGUCAACUAGAAGAAAACCGGUUGCGAAUGGAAGAGGAAGCAGCACGGCAGCGGCAUGAGGAGGAAGAACGAAAGCGUAAGGAGCUGGAACUCCAACGGCAGAAAGAAAUUAUGAGGCAGCGGCAACAGCAGCAGGAGGCCUUGCGUCGAUUGCAGCAACAGCAGCAGCAGCAACAACUUGCACAGAUGAAGCUCCCUUCUUCUUCAACAUGGGGUCAGCAAUCCAAUUCAAGAGGGUGUCAAUCUCAGGCAGCAUUAUCAUUAGCAGAAAUCCAGAAGCUUGAAGAAGAAAGAGAGCGACAGCUUCAAGAAGAGCAAAGGCGUCAGCAACGUGAAUUAAUGAAAGCCCUCCAGCAACAGCAGCAACAGCAACAGCAGCAACAAAAACUGUCUGGCUGGGGAAAUGUUGCCAAACCUGCAGGCACUACAAAAUCUUUGUUGGAGAUUCAGCAAGAGGAGGCAAGGCACAUGCAGAAGCAACAGCAACAGCAACACCAGCAGCAGAACAGGUCCCGUAGCACUACACAACAUUCUAAUCUGCACACCAGCAUCGGCAAUUCAGUAUGGGGCACUCUAAGUACAAGUCCUAACAGUCAGUGGGCAUCAGACCUCGUCAGCAGCAUUUGGAGCAAUGCUGACACAAAAAACUCAAACAUAGGAUUCUGGGAUGAUGCAGUCAAAGAAGUGGGACCUCGUAAUGCAACUAAUAAAAACAAGAGCAAUGCUAGCAUCAGUAAAUCUGUAGGUGUUACAAGCAGGCCAAAUAAGAAGGUGGAAGAAGAAGAGAAAUUGUUGAAGUUGUUUCAAGGUGUUAAUAAAGCCCAGGAUGGAUUCACUCAGUGGUGUGAACAAAUGCUUCAUGCACUCAAUACAGCCAACAACCUGGAUGUGCCCACAUUUGUUUCCUUCCUGAAGGAAGUGGAAUCUCCUUAUGAGGUCCAUGAUUACAUCAGAGCCUACCUUGGGGAUACACCUGAAGCUAAGGAAUUUGCCAAGCAGUUUCUUGAGCGCCGUGCCAAACAGAAAGCAAACCAGCAAAGGCAGCAACAGGACUCUGUAUGGGGGAUGAACCAUAGUUCAUUGCAUUCAGUGUUUCAAACUAAUCAGAGUAACAACCAACAAUCCAACUUCGAGGCAGUACAGAGUGGCAAAAAGAAGAAAAAGCAAAAAAUGGUUCGUGCAGAUCCCAGCUUAUUAGGUUUCUCAGUCAAUGCCUCAUCGGAGCGGCUCAACAUGGGAGAAAUAGAGACUUUGGAUGACUACUAAGUACACACAGUUUGACUGGCUUUUCCUGUGUCUGUUAACCAUGCAUUCUCCACUGCUGGACCGAGUACUUCCAAUUCCCUGCAAUCAACUUUGCUUUGCAAAUGGAUCACAGUAUGAAUCAUCUCAGGCUCAUUUCUCCAGCCUCAACACCUCUUUCUGCCCAACCACUUCCAUUUAUAUCAGCCUCUGUUUUUUUCUGUUGAAUAGGUGGGAAAGAUUUAUUCAUGAGGCUGUGUGCAAUUCACUGUGCAAUUAUUUCUUCUCCCAAACUUAUUUGGAAAGCCAUUUGGAGGUCUACAUAUGGUAGCUUCCUUUCUUCUCCUCCCCUUGUCAUUCUCACCCCAUUAAACUGGUGCAAUCAUGGUGGAGAGCUCAUGGUUAACAGGUGUCCUUCCGAACCAAAAUGCCAUGCAGAUACUGACUUCUUCUACGCUCUAUCAAGGUAAAGGAUGCCUUCCAAUUUCAGGAGGUGCAUUCAUAAGCUGACUAGAGCUGGCAACAGCAAGGAAUGAUGACUGUGUGCAGCAUUCAUUUUUGGAUUGGUUUGAUAUUGCACAUCUCUGCCAGCCCCUCUUCAGCACACUGAAUUUGGAGAAGUUCAAUUGGGUGGUGAUGCCAGAGCUUCUGAAGUUCCUGCUUCAAUGUACUCCAGCCUUCCUGGACAAUGGGGGUCUCAAAUUGUGGGAGGAGGCACUUCCUUCAGGCUGAAUUUCUCCUGUAGUUAUAUUUCCUCCAGAAUGAUUGGGCCAGUUAUUUUGGACCCUUCUGCUAUGAAUUUGUCUCGUUUCAGAGACGCAUAGGAUCCUUACCAUAUAUAUGUAUCUUCACCCGUUGGUUUUGCGUGGGAGUUGACACUACUUUUGGAACCUGACACCUAGCCAGAUCUUACCUGGUUACACAUGAUGGUGGUUCGGAAUGUUGUAAGUCCUGCAGCAGCAUUUAACACCCAGGAACAGGGAGCUGUCAUCUUCAUACUGAAAUAAACGAGACAAGGAACCUGAGCAUUGGCAGCGUUUCUGUUUAUAUAAAAAAUGAUAUGGUGCACUUUCUCAUUACAUCAAGUCCAUUGUGUUUAUAUAUUUAUGUAUUCUGUCUUCAGUCUCAUGUUCCCACCCCAGAAUGUUGAAAAGGCCAAAGAGGCUCGUGCACUUAGUUCCCAGCCCCUGCCCUUUGCUCCCACUUGCACAGGGUCACAAGACGCCCAAGGAGGUUGAUGCUGCUGCUGUGUGUGAAGACAUUUUCUGCCAUCAUUGCCUGAAGAAGACAAGAGGAGUUGCUCCAGGGCAGUUUGAUUUAGGUUUUUCUUCAUUUGAUUUUUCUCUCUGGUCACCCUCACCCCCAACAUGGACAGAAACUAUACAGAUACAAUUUCAGACUUGUAUAUAGUUUUUGGAUCCAGUAGCACAGAGAGUCUAGGUGCUGUCACAGAUCUGGUCUCCUGAUCUCCUUUGCUUUGUAAAAUUAUAAAGGGGGCAAAGGGGUAGUUUUUGUUUACAGAACUUUCAGUUCCCUCUGAACCCUUGCUAGUAUGAGGGUUAAAAAAAACAAAACAAGAGAGAGACAACUUAAAUAAAAACUGGUUGUAUUAUA